AUGGCACCGCAGUUCGACGCCGUGAUCUUUGACAUUGGCGAUGUUCUGUUCACCUGGAGUGCCAACACCAAGACGUCCAUCUCCCCCAAGGUCCUUCGCCAGAUUCUUUCUUCGCCCACAUGGUUCAAUUAUGAACGGGGCAAGCUCACAGAAGAAGCAUGCUACUUGCAGGUCGGCCGCGACUUCUCGCUCGCUCCGGACGAGAUUCGGGAGGCGCUUGUGCAAGCACGCGCCUCGCUCCAGCCCAACACGGAGCUGAUCAGUCUAGUCCGCGAGCUCAAGCAACAGUCGAACGGGCGGCUCUCGGUCUUUGCGAUGUCGAACAUAUCGUUGCCUGAUUACGCUGUUCUGCGAAGCAAGGAUGCUGAUUGGGAUAUAUUCGACCGCAUCUUUACAUCUGGGGAAGCCGGCGAACGUGAGACGCCUUUCAUUUACCGCAACUUCGACUCAUUUUACCCAGGCAAACCCCAUCUUGGUUUCUAUCGUCACGUUUUGGACGAGGCAAACAUCAGCGCACGGAGGACGAUAUUCGUUGAUGACAAGCUAGAAAAUGUUCUCUCCGCUCGCUCACUGGGUCUACACGGCAUCGUCUUCCCGCCGGAAGGAUCCAAGUCUGUCCAGCGCGCUCUUCGCAAUCUAUUGGGGGACCCUGUGCACCGGGCGCAGCGAUACUUGCUCGGCAAUGCCGGCGCCUUGCUCUCUGUCACAAACACGGGGGUCACGCUGAAGGAGAACUUUGCACAACUGCUGAUAUUGGAGCUGACGGGAAACCACGAGUUGAUCGAUAUAGUGGAACAUCCCCGCGCUUGGAAUUUCUUCCACGCCGGAGAAGGCCAGUUGACGACGACAGCGUUUCCGUUUGAUCUCGACACGACAUCGAUCGGUCUGACAGUCAUCCCACGAGAUGAGAAAACGGUCAAGAGUGUCAUGGAUGACAUGCUCCAAUACAUCGACUCGGAUGGAAUUGUCUUGACAUAUUUUGACCACCAACGCCCUCGAUUUGAUCCUGUUGUCUGUGUGAAUGUGCUGACGCUGUUCUACAAAUAUGGGCGACAGGCCGAGCUCAAGUCGACGCUGGUCUGGGUGCGCGAUGUGCUGGAUAACAGAGCCUAUCUCGAGGGGACUCGCUACUACGAGACAGCCGAAUGCUUCCUAUAUUUUCUGAGCCGGCUUCUUGAGUCGUCUGACGACGUCGAGCUGCAUGUCAUGAUGGACAGUCUCUUCAAGGAACGUGUCCAGGAACGGAUUGGAGUCGAGGGAGAUGUGCUCCAGCUUGGCAUGCGCAUCCUGGCCUGUGCGUCUGCUGGGAUCAGAGACGAUGUGGACAUGCGCACACUUCUGUCCAUGCAGAUGGAAGACGGCGGGUUCGAUAUCGGGUGGAUCUACAAGUACGGGUCUUCAGACAUCCGAAUCGGGAACCGUGGCGUUUCGACCGCGUUAGCCAUAAGCGCCAUCGCGGCUGUCAAGGAUCUCUCGCCUCCCGUUUCUCCAACACAGACCGUGCUGGAAACGUCCGCUGAGCCAAAGACCUCGAGGCGGUUGUCACUGGCUUCGCUGACUCGGCUAUCCGGCCCGAUAUCUUCCCCGCCGCGGCUCGGGCCAUUGUACAAGCUACUCCAUCGCUUGCACCGGAAUCCACGCUCUGUGCAAGUGGGUGGUGUAUGAUGUGUAGAUGAAUGUUGUACAACAGUAUAUGUAAUACAUGACCUAAUUGACUGCUGACACUUCUUAUCACCAACCCGAGUGAUCGCCGACUGCCGCUGGCGAGAGCAUCUCCUCAAGGACAAGCGGAUAGUCAUCUCCCAGACAUCUGAAUACUAAGCCCGCAGAUACCUCUGAUACACUGGAUUCUCUGUUUCUUCAACAUAUGGAUACCCCAGCUCCACAAGAAACUCGGAAAAAGCGUCGGCGUCUUGAGCGGGGACCUGGAUUCCGGCGAGGACCUUCCCCAGGUCUGUCCGAAAAUCAGCCGGCAUCGAAGCGAGGAGGAACAGAGCACAGACCGCCGCCGUGAUUUCGGUAAUGGAAUAACGAAAUGUUCCAAUCUUUACGCAUUCCCAUGAGAAACUUGCACAAGGCCCCGGGUCGCUCGGGAAACUCUGCAGCUCUGUUAGUCACACUCCCCGUCAUGCAGCUGCGAGCCAAGACGUGCCAAAACUAAAUAUGCGCUCAUUCGGAACAAUCUGCGGGCCGCCUAUCAUGUACCGCGCGUGGCUUUUCGCCAUUUCAUUGUCGCUGAUGUCGAAUCCGAUCAUUUCCUUCGCGGCCAGUGCCUCCAGAAUCGCCGCCACUUCACGUGGUCUAGAGGUAGUGUCCAGCUUGCAUGACAGAAAGACGUGAGCACGCUCAGGCGGGCCAUGACAAUUGAAGCGAUAGAUGAACUCAGUAAUGGCGCGAGGGUGAAUGAUCGAGUGCAGCGCGACGAAACUGGAGACAUGAGAAACGGCCACAAUCUUCCGAUGAACGGAUGACUGACCUUCCCGGCCGCUCGGGGAUGUCCACGCUCAGCAAUGCCUCAUGCCCUUCACCAAGCUCGGCGCGUUCCGCGACGAACCGCAGCCGAUCAAAGUUCAUGUUUGCUCCGCUGACGACGGCCACAAAUUUCUUGUUUGCCCCGACAAGGUUGUUCUGGAGAAUGUGAUGUUUUAGGCCGGCCAACCCAAGAGCCCCGGCCGGCUCCGUCACAGACCGCGUUUCUGCGAGAAUCGAAACUGCAUCAACAGAAGGAGGCAGCAAAGCAUACCGUCGAAAAUAUCCUUGAUGGCGGCACAUAGCUCGUCGUUAUCCACUAUUGCGACACCAUCCACAUGUUUUUGGCAGAUUCUGAAGGGCUCCUCGCCGACGAUCUUGACGGCAGUCCCGUCACUGAACGGUCCCACUUCGGACAAUGUGACCCGUUCGCCCUUGGCGAGACUGCGGGCCAUGGCAUCCCCAUCCACUGUCUCACAGCCAUAGAUUUGGGUAUUCGGACUGCCGAUUCUCUUCACGUACUCGGCAACGCCGCUGACAAGCCCGCCGCCUCCGAUGGCAGCGAAAACCGCAUCGAGCGAUUCGCUGUUGGGCAGUUGCUUGAGAAUCUCCAUACCAACGGUGCCUUGGCCGGCAAUGACGAGCGGAUGAUCAUACGGAGGAACGAAAGUGAGACCAUGAGCAACGGCGAGCCGCGCGCACUCUUUCUUCGCUUCAUCGAAGUCCGCUCCGUAAGAGACCACCUUGGCGCCUAAUCGGACGACGUUGCGGACUUUGAUCGACGGUGUGCCGACAGGCAUGACGAUGGUACAAGGGAUCCCCAAACGCGCGCCUGACAUGGCGACUCC